CGACAGAAAUGUCAUCGCAUGAAAACAGAUAAUGAAUUGUGAAAUUAAAUUUUGUUUUAGAAGGAACUGAGUCAAAGCUACGUGUAGUUCAUAGUUUGUCCUUUGUUUGAUCAAACUUUGAUCCCGUCGUCUAGAUUAGUUUUUAUUCAAUCAUUGUAAACGCAUUUAAAAUCCAAAGAAAUAAUAAAAAUGCCAGUCGAUGUGGAAGAGUUUCUGCGCGGUCUCGCGAUUUUGGCGGAUAACCAAAAUAUGCGCGUUACAUUGAAACAAAGUGGAAAAGGUGCUGCUAUUUGUGGUGCAAUAUGUUUUGUAGGUGGUUUGGUUGCUGGGCCAUUAGGAUUAGCCGUAGGUGGAACUAUAGGUGGUGUUACAGCCUAUAAAUGCCUUUCAAAUUUCCGAACCGUUGGUGAUAUCAUACGCAACGAUUUGACACAAGAAGAAAAGUGGAGACUACAUGAGCAUGUGGUCAACUCAGUGCGACAUCUUCAUCCCACCGAUGUGGCUAUGCUAAUGCCAUUGAUAAUGAAUACACCGUCGUUGCAAGAAGCCGUCCUAAAAACAAUUGUUUCGUUCGUUACAAAUGAAAUGCGGUACACAAUUGCCAACAACUGAACCGUGUGUAGUUUUGACCUUUGGUCACAGCUCACGCUACAUCUUUGUUAUGUGCAGUGCAUAUCAUCGUAAUUUAAUCUGAUCGAAUUGUGUCUUUUGAAUUGAUAGAAUUAGUUGCGAAUAAGUUCAUUACAAUUAGUAGUCAUGACUGAAAUCGAAUGAUUUAUUUUGCUAUUUGUCUUAGUUAUAAUGCAAAAUGGUGCAAGACUUGUCCGGUAGUUUAUAUAUGCUUGUGAAUAAAUUUAAAAUUAUGAAUAUUCGAUUAAUUGAUCAAGCCGAAAAUAAAAAUGAAUCUAAGCACAAAUAGAAUUGAUAGGAAAAAUUUAUUUCCAAUUUUUUAGAGCCAAACCAUCACAAAAUAAAACCUUUGCCACAAAGAAUGGAAAUUUUGAUAAAGAAAUCAUUAAGAAA